UCGGCACACCGGCGGGCGAAGCGCUGCUGCGCUGUCGAAUAUUCAUCAUUUCCAUCCAGUACGCCCUGAACUGGAGCGCAUCAUUUUCUCUCCGUCUGCCAACAGUUAACCGAGGAUAUCAGCUACGAUCACACGUUACCUUCAAAAUAGCAAACUUAAUAGUAGCCUAUGGUCUCAUUCAGUAACCGCAUUCAUCCGAAUACCCUCCUGCUCUCCUGACCGCCUGUGCACCGUUAGCAUUCCGGGCGAGCAUACAUAUUGAUUGCUGAGGCAGUGGAAAACGGAUAGGCCUUACAUCCCCUGAUAUAGUAGCCUAUGUUCUCCUCCUGCGCCUGAAUGUAGAAGCUGGCGAUGCUGUUUCCCUAGACUUGAUUUGGAGCCUUUCGCUGCGGGGUUUUUACGACAUUUCAUACAUACGUUUGGUGGCAUCCGCCGGUGACUACGAAGAUGGCGGAGACGGCAGUCAAUGCAGCAUCCAGUGGUGCCUUGACAGGAUUGACUCAACCAUCAGUUGCAGAGAAGAGAUCCCAAAGCAACGGCCAUGGCUCCCCAGCCCGUGUGGCACUCUAUCCAGGGAGCCUAGCUGCGAAACACAAUGAGGUGCUGAGCCCACCCUCGGUCACAGAGAAGAGGCCCCAGCUCAAUGGGCUCCCCUCCACUUUACUUCUGCCAGGCAACAACACUAACAAUCAUGCAGGUAAACAGUACGUGGAAGGGUAUCUGAGGACAGAUGACCGGAUGCGUUUAGCCAAAGAGAGACGUGAGGAGAGAGAUAAAGGUCUAGCUGUGCGAGAGCAGGCAAUCAGGGAGAAAGAGCGGCGGGCUCAGCUGCAGUAUGAGCGUACGGUGGAGGAACGCUGGAGGAAGCUGGAGGAGCAGAGACAGAGAGAGGAGGUCCGCAGAGCUGCUGUGGAGGAAAAGAGGAGGCAGAGGCUGGAGGAGGAGAAGGAGCGGCUGGAGGCUCUGAUGAAACGCUCCCUGGAACGCAGCCUGCAGCUGGAGCAGAGGCCCAAACGCUGGACAUGGGGCGGACCUGGAGGAGCACAGGGAGACUGUGAGAAUGCCCCUCUCCUUGCCUCCACCUUUCCCCAUGAACUCGCCGCCCCCCUUCCUGCUGCCAGCGAAUCCGCUCCCUGCAGUCCCCACAGGUCACCCUAUCGGGGCUCGCCAAGCCGGGUUGAUCGACGGAGGCUCCAGGGCUCUCCAGAGGAGUCACCAGCAGGAUCUCGCUCAACCCCUCAAACCCCUAAGAAAGAGAGGUUACGCAGAGAGAGAAGGACUGGCUCCCCAGCGACAGGCUCCUCCGUGAGAAGAGCAGAAUCCCCAGCCAUGUACACCAGACGCUCAGCCUCCCCCGCCACCCCCAAGUUGCUGCCUAAGAGCCGUACUCAGUCUCCCUGCACUGUGCGCCAGUACCACCCCUCUUCCAUCAGGCACAGACCCACCACCCCGGUUCCCGAUGGCAACAAGGAGGAUGGACAUGUUGAAGAAGCCAAAAGUCACAACAACAUCAAUGACAGAAAUGUCUCCAAGCCAGAAACCCCUGUGAAAAGUAUGUCUGAUAUCCAGAGUCCUGAGAAGUCUCCCCAAGCAGACAACCCUGAAAAAAAACUGGCCAAAACUGAGACCCCAGAAAAGAGAUUCCCCAAAACUGAGACCCCCGGUAUUAACUUAAAAGGUGAGAUUUCUGAAAGAAAGGACUCUAUGACUGACACAUCUGAUAAGAAAGCCUCCAAAAUAGACACCCCAGAUAAGAAGAUGCCAAAGUCCACCAGCAGUGAACUGAAUGCAGAUAAGAGCACAGAGCCAUCGCCAGUGACAACAACAGGGAAAGGAGUUGCCGGGACGACAAACGCAGAGGAAGCAUCCAGACUGCUAGCGGAGCGUAGGCGUUUGGCCAGGGUGCAGAAGGAGUUGGAGGAGAAACAACAUUGUGAGCGGGAGGAGAAGGAACGUCUGAAGGCGGAGCAGCUGAGGAGGAGAAAGGCAGAGGAGCGGGCACGACAGGAGGAGGAGAAGAGCAGACAGGAGGACCUCCGCAGGAAGAGAGUGGAAGAGGAGAAGCGGCAAAGGGAGGUCCGGGAGAAGGAGCUACAGGUCCAGAUGGACAGAGAGAAGGAAGAGGGCGAGUUUCAGGCUCAGAAGGAUGCAGAGAGUCAGCGUCAGGAGAGAGAGAUGCUGAAGCUGCAAGAGGAGGAGGAGAGACAGCUGAGGAAGAAGAGAAUUGAGGAGAUAAUGAAGAGAACCAGGAAGAGCGAUGAGAACCAGGAAGAGAUGAAGCAGGAGGAGGGGCAGGUGGAGACUCAACCGGUCUCACCACCAGGGGAUAUGCAGAUUAACUCAAAGAUGAACGUUGAAACGAAUGCUCAGGUGAAUGUUCAUGAAAACCCAAAAGCUGAGUCUCAGGUUAAUGGGCAGGCCGCUGCCUGCGUCAACAAGCAGGACAGUGCCCUGGUGAAGGGGCAAGCCACUGAUCAGGUGACCCCACUGAAGAAUAUUCUGGAAAAGGGACAGAACGCUCAACAAGUAAAUGGACAGGGUUCAGCCCAGGCUCUCAAGCAAGAGAGUGUCUUAGUGAAGGGAAAGGUCCCUUCCCACGUGAUCAAGCAGGAGAAUGCACAAGCGAAUGUACUGGUGAAGAAACAGGAGGGUACCAAGGUGAGCAGCCAAGCCACUGCUCAGCACAAAACCGAGGAGAGUACUCAAGUAAACGUGACGUUGACCACACAGACUAUCGGACAAGGGGUGCAGACCAACAAACUGUCCUUGGCACUCCUACCAGUGGGCCUACCCCCACCUCCACUCAUCAACCUGGAGCUUCUGGAUGUGAAGAGCCGUGGGGCGUAUGAUGAGGUGCAGUCCAUGGAGGUCAGCCCAGUUUCCAAGGAGGAACUUAUCUCCAUCCCAGAGUUCUCCCCAGUCAAUGAGGUCCAGGAAAACGCCAUGAGUAAUACCCGAGCCCUGGAAGAUUUGCUGGACCUGACGGGUCAUGUGGCCUACCCCAAACUCUCCCACGUGGACAGCCUAGGAGACUGCAACAAGAACCUGAUCGACGGGCUCUGCAGUCCCGGCGCCGAUUCCAAGCUCAUCCUCCAUCCUCAUACAAGCACAACAUCCAGUUGCCAGAACCCUGGACUGGCAAGCCAUGAUGGAAGGAGCAGAGGGAAAUGAUCUGCGUUAUCUGAUGUUAUUGAGGAUGGAAGUCUCUGCACCUCUUGAGAUGAGAGAGAGAAGGCACUCUGAAUGUAGUUUUGACCCUCCCUUUGUUGGUCUCCAACCUUGAAUGUCCAUUAACCUUCAACCUUCUCCUAUAAUACAUUAUAUCCUCAUAGCCUUGGACAAUGGAACUUAAGUGACAGUAAUAUUAAUAGAUUUACUAUACUUGUCAAAUAAUAUCGUAAUGAUAGUCAUAGAUAUCUGUGUCAUGCCAUGUAUCGCUUAGAGCAGUUGUUUGUGUGGUUACUGAAAAGUGGGUGUGUGUGUGUGUCUCAAUGAAAGGAAGUGCCCAUGAAGUAAUUGACUCUUGACUGCCUGUUAUGAUCUGAAGUAGUUAGCUAGGCUCGUUAAAUCUCAUUUGAAAACAAAAGCUUUUAUUCUGUAGUUGGAUAGAAGCACAGACUGGUGAUGUCCUCUCCUUAAACAUUUGUUUUAUAGUGAAAGACCCCACAUAUACAGAUGUAGAAUAUCAUAUCAGUAAGUUGCCUUUGCUAUUGCAGUAUUGUUCCUCUUAGGAUUGAAAGUUUCAUAUUGCUCUGAAUCCACCUAAUGUAGUUUAGUAUGCACUGAUCAUUCAAUUAGAGUGUUCCACUGAAAAGUCUACAGUUUUCAAUUCUGGCUGUGGAUGCCUCAGGCUAGCUCGUAUCUCCCUGGACAUGAUUAACUCCCAAGAGUCUCGAGCUUGUUGUCAUAGUGUAUGUUUCCAACAUGCUGUGUGAUUGGCUUUGUGGCAUGUGUGCCAUAAUACUUGAACCCAGGUCAAAUAGUACUGCAACUCAAAAGUCAACAAAGAAUCUGUACAAUAACGUUCCUCAUUAUAAUCCAGAUUGCCAUGAACCCAUGCAUUGCAAGUUUUGUGGUAUCUUUUCUUCCUUGAUCUACAAAGUAAUGAGCUAUGCAUGAUCCCUCAACCUCUGAGCUGGUAUCAUUUGUGUCUUAGAUUGGUAUCAUUUGUGUCUUAGAUUGGUGACUUUGAUUGCUACAAGUCAAGGACAAAACCUUUCGUGACUUGCAGGAUGCUGUGUUGUCCAAAUUAAGUUUAUUUCGGUGUGUAUAUGCACAGAUGUGAGUGGUCAGUCAUUGGUUCCACUUGGACUGUAUUGUGUUUUGAUAAAUAAUGCACCAAAAGAAGGCAAGAUUUUUACUUAGACUAAGCAACCAGGGAUUUAGGAAAUCAGGUUAAAAGAGAACACAUUUGAACAGUUCAAACCUACUGUAGUGUGUCUUAUUUCUAACUAAAGCAGCAUAGCAGUUAAUUUAAAAAAUUGAACUAUUGUAAACAUUGUGCAUGGGUCAUUAGCAUAAGAUGUACCAUUUAAUAAACCUUCAAA